AUGGAAUUACAAAUCAAAGAUUCAAGUAAUGUAAAAUGUGAGGCUAAAGUUAUUGGCAAUUAUAUUUGCAACAAUAAAAAAUAUCUGGGAGUAGGGUUGAUGUGCACAGUUUACCAAGCCAAAAAUUGUGAUACUAAUCAUUAUGUUGCGUUAAAAUAAAUAUCAAAGUAGGCAAAAUUAGAAAAAUACUUGACUGCGCAAAGAUUAAAAGAAUCAUAUGAUUUGGAGAUUAAAAUCUUGUAGAAGUGUCAGAAAAGCAAAAAUAAAAAUGUCAUAUCUCUCCUUGAUCACUUUGAAACCGCAGAACACUACAACAUAGUUUUAGAACUAUGUGAUUGUAAAAUAGAAUUACUUAUUUUAUUAGAAAAUUUAAAAGAAUAUAUCCAGUAAAAAGAGAACAAAAGAUUAACAGAAGCUGAAGCUGUUGAAAUAUUAAUACAAAUAGUUGAAGGAUAGAAAUGGUAUUAUCAUUUAAAUUUAUUUUAUAGUCUCCAUGAAAUAAACUAUUGUCAUAGAGAUAUAAAGCCAGAAAAUAUAUUAGUAAAGGAUGGAGUGAUCAAAAUAACCGAUGUUAAUAUGGCAAAAUAUAUAGAGAACAUGUUAACUACAACACGCUCAUAUGUGGGCACUUCAUAUUAUAAAGCACCAGAGGUUGAUAAAAAACAACACUAUUCACCUUACAAAGCAGAUAUUUAUUCAUUAGGCGUUGUCUUCUAUGAGAUGCUAUAUGGCUUAUUAUCGAACUAAGAUAAGGAUGUUGAUUUGAAAGCCAAAAUUGAAACGAGCACUCUAGAAAUUAGUGAAAUGUUAAAACAAUUAAUUCUCAAAAUGAUUAAAGAAAAUGCUUAGGAGAGAGCAGAUUGGUCAUAGGUCUCUUCUUGUCUCUACUAAUACUCAAUCAACAAAUCAACAGAUUCUCAUUCAAUUUAAGUGAUUUCAUCAUUCUACUUUAAUGCUUGGCAAGAAAAAUAUCAAUUUUUUAAGCAAAUAAUAUUAGACUUAUGCUUGUUGCAAAUUAUGGAUGAAUAAAUAUUCUUGUAUCAAAGUGGACUUUUGAUUAUCAAACUCAUAAUUUAGCUUGUUGAAGAAAAGAUUGUAGAAUUACAGAAUGCAUAAAACAAAGCAGAUUCUGAAUUUUAUAAAAGUGAAUUGAUAUUACUGUCAAUGUAUAGAAACGAUUAUUUGCGAAUAGUAUAGAAUUGGUAUUAAAAGUAAAUUGAAGAAAAGAAGAGGUUGCUUUGUUAUUCUGAACAAUUGAAAGAAGAAUUUAGAUACAUAGAGAGAUCGAAUUAGUUUGAUAGACAUUUUUAACGUUACUUAGUUGAAUUUUUCAUCUAGUUGGAUGGCCUAGAAUACAAAGAAGAUAAAUUGAAGGUUUAAAAAAAAUUAUUACAACUAAAAUUAAUUGUUGCCUGUGAUCAAAAAAAUGACUUUGUAAGGGUUAUAUUCUAAUUUUAGGAAUUAGUACAAACACUUUUAAAUAGUAAGUUAUAAUCAUAAGGAAAAUAUAUUUUAAGCUUCGUCCAAUAGUUAUAGGAUGUAAAGAAUUAAAACCUGUAAUAGAUUAAAUCCUUAAAGAGGGAUGAUAUAAUGAUCAAUUAUUCUUUAUUAAGUUACAUUUUUCAACAAUAUCUUAAAUAUAUCAAUAUCAUUCAAAUCGAAUCUAAAUACAUGAUAAAUUUCGUAUACAACAACAAAACCUCAGAAAUCAGUAGAAACCCUAUAACAUUUUAAACAAAAUAGUAUUCAGAGAAUAUCAUCAUUUAAAGUGUUAGAGCAAGAAGUGGUUUGAUGAAUUUAAAUUGA